UGCUGCAUCCAGGACCACUAACAUCGAGUGCAACCGUCCUCCCUUUCAUGACUCACUACCUCGGACACGUUGAUGUCCGAAUGCGGAAAACACGAACUCGUAGGAAUGUCAGCGUGUUUCUCUUCAACCUCGGUUCCGUUCUCGGAAUCUUCAUUCGCAUUUUCAAGACCAGCACCUCUUUGCUCAAAUUCAAUUACCGUUUCAUCGAAUAACUUUCAUUCAGUGACAGGUGGUGGUCGUCUUCUACUGAAUGUUGGAGGCACAAGUUUGUGUCGGAGGCUUCGUGGUUUCAAACUGUGGAUACUUGAGAGACUCAAUUUCCAAUUCCAAACACCUAAGCAACCUAAGAAUAGAAAUAUCUUCAAAAAUAAUUUGGAAAAUACAGGUUUAUCAAAUGAAAAGGAAUCGGUUUCUGGUUCAUCUUCAAUUCUUCGUGGGCCUGAUGAUAAGGUUAUUCCCAUGGAGUCUCCAUCUUUGCUGCAGACAGGUUUGUCUGGUACUUCCAUGGAUUUUAGCAGAAAACCCUCACUUUGCAUUGUUGUCAUAGGAGCCACUGGCGAGCUGGCAAAGAGGAAGAUUUUCCCUGCUUUAUUUGCUCUCUAUUACAGUGGCUUUCUUCCUGAGGUACAUUGGCUUUUAUUACCCAUUUGCCCUUUUUUAUUUUCAACUCAGAGAGAAAUGAUACAUGUAUAACAAAGAGAGAAAUUU